AGACAAUCAUCUCAAGCAAUCUGCUACACAUCUAACCUAGCCGCUACUGCUCCAAUGAGAGGCCUUUCCAAGUUAUUUAAUUGUACUUUACUAACAACUGACUCGAUCUCGAAAUGUUUCCCGCACUUCUGUAAACCCCAUCUUCUUGUCCUAUCUUCGCUCCCCAACUUAUUGCCCAUCUUGUCUCGGCUUGGCAGCUCGGUUGACUCCUCACCGUGAAGCGGGGAGCGCUAUCUGUACUGAGCGCUAUCUGUACUCGGUAGAUUAAGCAGUCACUGCCGCGAAUAACCUUUUUCAACCCGUCCUGUGCUUGUCUAGAUUCCGGGCACCACAUCUAAGAACGGCAGCAAGUUGAGAAUGGCGACAGCAGCAAAGAUUCCCGUCAUUGACCUCUCGGGUGACGACCAGACUCAGGUCGCCAAGGACCUGGUUGAGGCCGCCAUCGAACAUGGCUUCGUUUACAUCAGAAAUACUGGCAAGGACAUACCGGUCGAGGCGAUAGAUGGAGCAUUUGCGGUGUCCAAGAAGCUCUUCGACGCGCCCCUGAGCGAGAAGCAAGCAUGCACGAUCCAGAAGAACAACCGCGGUUGGUCGGCCAUGAACUACGAAACGCUUGAUCCGGCGAACCAGCGUAUAGGCGACUUCAAGGAGGCGUUCAACUUUGGCGAGUUCGUCGACGGGAAAGCGCAGCAGCCUAUCCCGCCCACCAUCGCGCCCGACGAGGCCCAGAUCAGCGCCUUCCGCGACCUCUGCAACGCCCUCUCGCUCAAGCUCAAUACCCUCCUCGGUAUCGGCCUGGGCGUCUCGCCCCCGGACUUCUUCACCUCGGCCCACCUUCGCUCCCGCGGGCCCUCGGGUAGCAUCCUGCGCUUCCUGCGCUACCCCCCGCGCAGCGCCAUCACCGAGCUCGCCCCCGGGGCCGACGACGUCCGCGCCGGAGCCCACUCCGACUACGGCUCGCUGACCCUGCUCUUCCGCCUGCGCGGCCAGCCCGGACUCGAGAUCCUGCUGCGCGACGGCAAGACCUGGUCUCCCGUCCCCGUCGUCCCGCCCGGCACCGAGGACGACCCGGCCCCGCCCAUCCUGAUGAACAUCGGCGACCUGCUAUCGUACUGGACGAACGGCCUGCUGCGGAGCACCGUCCACCGCGUCGUCUUCCCCUCCGGGGACUCCCCGGCCGGGCUGGAAGGGGAGGCGGACCACGGGCCGCGGUACUCGAUCGCGUACUUCUGCCAUCCCUUUGGCGGGACCGAGUUGGGUCCCGUGCCGAGCGAGCGGGUGAAGGAGUACAAGGGAGGCCUGGCGGAGGGGAAUCCAUAUGCCGAGCGUAAGGUGAUGACGGCGGAUGAGCAUCUGAGGAUGAGACUGGAGGCAAGCUAUACGCAGUUGUACAAAGAGGGGAAGGCGUGAUGACACAUCAAGACCUGUCCCCUUACGAUAGAGGUUGCUUCCAAACAAGCAGACUGUUCAUCCUCAGACCUGAGGUCCCCUCGGCAAAACUACAAGUGUUACAUGGAUCGUCACUUUCUGAGAAUCGCGAGACAGGGGGGGGAGCCAAGAUCAUGAGAUGGCAAAAUAUAGAAAAUGUUGAAACACAAGGGGUUGAGUCCUUCGGAAUGCACGCAUCGCUAACCACCUUUAUUACCGGAGAGAGCAAAGGGAACUUGCCGCCGCUCACAGAACCCUGCUGUUGGCUGAGUUCGGCUUUGCAAAGUCCUAAUAAAGGCCAUGUCUUCGGAAACCAACGCUCCGCAAGGAAUUCGGGUGUUGUCG